ACUGCAUCUCCCCACCAUCAUCAAAUCCACAUCCAACAUCCGAAAAAAAAGAGGAGCCUUUGACUCAUGAACAUCUAAAAUGACAAAGAACAGAGAAAGUACAACAUAACCACCUUUCCCUCUUUUACCGUAAAACUGCUGUCAUUUUCAAGGCUUCUCUUUUUUAUAAUCUAUAUUGUAUCACAUUCAUUCAUCUGUUCAGAUCUAAGAAAGAGGAAAGGAGUUUCAGAAUGCCUUCCGCAGACUUAAUCGAUUAUUCUCCCCACCAGCCCGAGCCAGCUCCCCCGCUCUCAUCUGCUUCAAAUGUGAUUCUGAUCGAUAACUUCGACUCAUUCUCCUGGAAUGUGUACCAAUACCUCGUUCUUGAGGGUGCAACAGUGACCGUCUACCGAAACGAUGAACUUAGCGUCGAGGAUCUUAUUGCCCUCAACCCUACUCAAUUGGUGAUAAGUCCAGGUCCAGGUCAUCCAAAAACAGACUCUGGUGUUAGUAGAGAUGCCAUCAAAUACUUUGCAGGCAAGAUACCUGUGUUUGGAGUCUGCAUGGGACAGUGAGUAAUGGGCAAAUAAUUGAGUGAGCCAUUACUGAACAUAUACCCAGGCAGUGCAUAUUGGACGUAUACGGGGGAGAGGUUAUAUUUGCUGGAGAGAUCUUGCACGGCAAAACAUCGCCACUGCGACACGAUUCGAAAGGAUUAUAUGCAAGUCUACCGCAAGACUUACCGGUUACACGAUAUCAUUCCCUUGCUGGCACGCAUCCGACUAUGCCCGAAAGUCUGGAGGUAUCAUCCUGGAUCGAGGCCGACGUUGGUGGAGGAAAAGGUGUAAUAAUGGGCGUUAGACACAAAGAAUACGUCUUAGAAGCUGUACAAUUCCAUCCUGAAAGUAUCUUGACUGCUGAAGGCCGAGUCAUGCUCAGGAACUUCUUGAAGAUGCGGGGUGGCACCUGGGUAGAGAAUGAACGUUUACAAAAGGAGGAUGCGGAGAGUGCGGCGCCAGUCUCCAGGUCAGUUUCCACUAGUACCAAGAAAGAGAAUAUAUUGGAUAAAAUUUUCGCGCAUCGCAAGGCCGCAGUUUCUGCACAGAAAGAAGUUCCAUCCCAACGACCCUCAGAUCUCCAAGCCGCUUAUGAGCUCGAUAUUGCUCCUCCUCUUGUUCCCUUUGUUCAACGUCUCCGCGAAUCACCGUUUCCGUUGUCACUCAUGGCCGAAAUCAAACGAGCAUCUCCUUCAAAGGGUGUCAUCUCUUUAUCUGCGUGUGCUCCAGCUCAAGCUAGAACAUAUGCUCUAGCUGGUGCAAGUGUGAUCUCCGUUCUGACCGAGCCAGAGUGGUUCAAGGGGAGCAUCGACGAUCUGCGAGCUGUACGACAGGCUCUUGAAGGCAUGCCAAAUCGACCUGCUGUUUUACGGAAAGAAUUUAUUUUUGAAGAGUACCAAAUAUUAGAAGCUAGAUUAGCUGGUGCCGAUACUGUUUUACUCAUCGUCAAGAUGCUAGAUGAAGAAACUUUGACCCGCUUGUAUCACUAUUCCGUGUCGCUUGGAAUGGAGCCUUUAGUGGAGGUCAAUACACCAGAAGAAAUGACCAUAGCCGUUAACCUUGGCGCAAAAGUCAUUGGUGUGAACAACCGGAAUUUGACAAGUUUUGAAGUAGAUCUUGAUACUACAAGUCGUCUCCUCAACCAAGUUCCAAAAGAAACUAUCGUAUGCGCACUUAGUGGUAUUUCCAGCCCCAAAGAUGUAGAAGCAUACCAGAAGAAUGGUGUAGGUGCAGUUCUUGUGGGCGAGGCCCUCAUGCGAGCCAAAGAUACAGCCCUUUUCAUUCGGGAAUUACUUGGAGGCUCAAGUAUCCUCAACAAAUCUGCAAGCGGUAGCUUACUUGUAAAGAUUUGUGGAACAAGAAAUGCUGAGACUGCAACAGAAGCUAUAAAAGCUGGUGCGGAUUUGAUCGGGAUGAUUCUUGUCCCUGGUAGAGGUCGACAUGUUUCGUACAAAGAUGCAAUUGCUAUUUCUAGGGCUGUCCAUCAAGCUCAGCAGACGACUGGGACGGCCGUUAGUGACCGAGUGAGUAACCAAGCAUCGGAUUUCUUCAGUAAUUCAGCAUCAAAUGUUUCGAGUCAUCGGCCUUUGUUAGUCGGCGUUUUCCAAAAUCAACCUCUAGAAGAGGUUUUGGAGCUGCAGAAGGCAUAUGAUUUAGACAUAGUGCAGCUGCACGGUGACGAACCAUUGGAAUGGGCAAAUUUAAUACCAGUUCCUGUCAUUCGAAGCUUCAAACCUGGUCAGGCUGGUCUGGGGAGAAGAGGUUACCAUAGCGUUCCUCUGCUAGACUCGGCAUCAGGAGGCUCUGGGCAAAAAUUGGAUGUGACAGAGGUACAGGCUACGUUGACAAAAGAUCAAGGUCUUAGAGUCAUUCUUGCUGGCGGAUUGAAUGCCGAAAACGUGGCAGAAGCUGUGCGAUCAGUGGGUGAUGUAGGUGAUCGGAUCAUCGGUGUCGACGUCAGUAGCGGCGUAGAGGUAAAUGGCGCUCAGAGUAUUGAGAGGAUCAAAGCUUUCAUUAAGGAAGCAAAGAGCGUUAGGUAGACAGGAUCGAGGAGUAUGGCACGAUCUUGGGUGGUAGAUAAUGAUUAAUGACUAGUCUUUGUGAAAAGUCGAUCUGUUAAACGCAGGAUAUGUUGCCGGACGUACUAUUUUCAACGGGUGUUGCUUUUCGCCUUGGAAAGGGUGACUGCUUGGAGUUGCAUUGGCACUUUUCACAACACUUCAUACCAACAUCAGUUGCUCCCCUAUUUGUCUCAACCCCAACCGAGAACAUUCUCACUUUUGAAAAUUGGAUAUACUUGACACCGAAAGCCUCCAUUUUCAAUAAACUCCAAUCUACUAGCACAAUACGUAUCUCCAGUACUACAUUUAGAGGUCAGCUGGUUUUAUUUAACAUAUUUC